CUUAGCUUUCUUCCAAUCCCAGCUUUCUGUGGCUGGACUUCAGCUCCUCCUCACAUUCCAGGCCUGUUGAAACUUCCCCUAAAAAUUCUCCAAAAUGGAGCUGUCUCUGCCCCUUGCAACAUAUACACAAAAAAGCUCAAAGCUGAAAAACAAGGGUUUCAUUAUUUUCAUUUCUAUGGUGUUAUGCACAGCCAUACUAGGCCUGCUGCAGCUCAAGUUCUUAAAACCCAGAUACAAAGACUUUUAUUCCUUUGAAGUGAAGGAUUGGAAAGGAAGAACCAUGUCCUUGGAGAGAUGUCGAGGCAAAGCAGCUCUGGUUGUAAACGUGGCUAGUUACUGUCAGCACACAGAAAAAAAUUACAACAUGCUGCAGGAACUCCAGCGAGAGUUUGGACCAUACCAUUUCACAGUGCUGGCCUUUCCUUGCAAUCAGUUUGGGAAAUUGGAGCCAGGUCUGAAUGAUGAGAUAAUAUAUUUUGCUAAAUCAAAUUAUGGAGUAACGUUCCCCAUCUUCAGUAAAAUAAAAAUUCUAGGAUCUGAAGGAUCACCAGUAUUUAAAUUUCUGAUAGAUGCUUCUAAAAUGGAACCUAGGUGGAAUUUCUGGAAAUAUCUCAUCAGUCCUGAAGGUAAAGUCGUGAAAUACUUGAGGCCUGAAGAACCCAUAGAAAACAUUAAGCAGGAUAUAGCCGCUCUGAUUAGGGAGAUCAUUUUUAAAAAGAGGGAAGACCUUUGAGGAAGUUACUCUGCCUUGUGGAUCUGUUGGGCAACUUCAUCAUCCGGCCUUAGUACAUUCUUGUUCAAACAUGGCAAAUGCUGAACUUAUCAAUGAUCUUUCUUGACAUUUAAUGCCAUGAUAAACUGAUAAACAGAACAUUCUUCUGUUUAGAACUCUAAAGAUGCGGAGAGCAAAGGAAGCCAAGACUUUAACAGUGCUCUAAGCACUUUACCCAGUUGAGCCUUGGACCCUUCAAACAUGUUUAUUGUAAUAUCUGAUUAGGAAAUCUGAUUAUGAACAAUGUAAGAGACUUUUUUUGUGGGGAAAAGGUUCCCAAUAAAUAUUGCUUUCUUAAAA